UAUGCAGAAGCAAACAAUAAUUGCGCCGCUGCUCGUGAAUUCUGUAUCAAUGAGAAGCAAGUAAGAGAAUGGCGAAAAAAUAAAACAACACUAAAAGACAUGCCAAGAAGCAAGAAAAAAUGUCCAACGAGGUGCGCUUCAUUUCCUGAGCUAGAGAAAGAUCUCAAUAAUUGGGUUGUUGAAUGUCGACAAAAUGGGCACAUUGUCACUAGAACUGGAAUUCGUCUGCGUGCUCUGCAAAUGUCGAAAGACGACAAAUACAAGUCAGUAAAGCCGUCAAUGUUUGUCGCAUCAGCGGGUUGGUGUACUCGCUUCAUGAACCGUCAUGGUCUCUGUCUUUGUCAGCGAACAAAGAUAGCGCAAAAGCUGCCGAGGGAUCUGGAAGAAAAAAUUGAAUCUUUCCAAAGGUUUAUUAUAAAAUAUCGGAAGGAAUAUGCAUUUGAACUGUCACAAAUAGGAAAUAUGGGUGAAACACCAAUGACAUUCGAUCUCCCGAGCAACAGAACGGUAACCGGUGUUGGUAAAAGAACAGUUUUAUCGUGUUUGGCAAAUGGAUCAAAGCUCCCUCCUGUUGUUAUUUUUAAAAGAAGAACCUUGCCUAAAAACAUGCAAUUUCCUGCUGGUGUCAUCAUACGUGCACACGAAAAGGGAUGGAUGGAUGAAAAUGGGACUAUUGAAUGGCUGGAAAAAGUGUGGAAUAAGAGACCAGGAGCAUUUUUCAAGAAACCGGCUAUGCUCGUUUGGGACAUGUUCAGGGCACACAAGACUGAUGAGGUGAAAAAUGUGGCCAAAAAUAUGAAAACUACUUUGGCUGUAAUACCUGGAGGCUUAACUUCAGUUCUACAACCGCUUGAUGUCUGCCUGAACAAACCCUUUAAAGACAGGCUACGCAAAAUGUGGUCUGAAUGGAUGUGCUCAGGCAUGGCAAAGUUGACAAAAGGCGGAAAUCUUAUGAAGCCCGAAAUCAAUCUGGUCGCCCAGUGGAUCAAGGACGCGUGGGUGUCCAUUCCUUCGGAAAUGGUAGAAAAAUCAUUUAGGAAAUGCUGUAUCAGCAAUGCACUCGACGGGUCAGAAGAUGAUGCCAUAUUUGAUGACACAACAGAGGCUGCUGAUGAGAAGGAAUCUGAGUCUGAAGAUGACGCUGCCAACAUCUACGAUGACAAUGCAGGUGCAGCUGUGACUGAAGCUGAGUUUAAUGAACUGUUUGGUGAAUCAGAGACUGAUUCAGACUUUGAAGGAUUUUAAGACUUUUUAAAGUCUCAUAUUGUUUGUUUUAAAUAUCCAUUUACUGAUUUUAAAUAUUGACUGUAAUUUUGAGGGUGAAUACAUAUUCAUUCAGUUAUUAUUAUAACAACAACACGUUUUUCAUUAGAUUACAUUAAAAUAAUUCUA